UUUCUUCUCAUCGAACUUUCCUCUCUCUUCUCUUCUCUAUUUCUCUUCACUCUUCCACUCUUGAGACGAGAGGAAACAAAAAAAAACAAUCAGUGUCUGAAGCCUCUCUCUAUAACAAAGAUCAAAACAAAAGCCAUGGUUUCUCUUCUUACAAUGUCGAUGUGUGGUACUAAAACAUGGCCUCAAGCCCAAACUGAUAUGGGUUUUAGGCCCAUUAAAAGACAGCCGAAGAUUAUUAAAUGCACGGUGCAGAUCGACGUUACCGAAUUAACCCAAAAACGCCAAUUAUUUACACCCAGAACCACCGCCACUCCGCCGCAGCAUAAUCCUCUCCGGCUAAACAUCUUCCAGAAAGCGGCGGCGAUUGCGAUCGACGCAGCUGAGCGGGCGUUGAUCUCACGUGAGCAAGAUACUCCUCUACCUAAAACCGCCGAUCCACGUGUUCAGAUAGCUGGGAAUUAUUCUCCGGUGCCGGAAUCUCCCGUCCGGCGAAAGCUCACCGUCGAAGGAACAAUCCCUGACUGCAUUGACGGAGUUUAUGUCCGUAACGGCGCAAAUCCGAUGUUCGAGCCAACAGCUGGGCACCAUUUAUUCGACGGAGACGGGAUGGUUCACGCUGUUAAAAUAACCAACGGUUCAGCUAGCUACGCGUGCCGGUUUACAAAAACCGAGAGAUUGGUUCAGGAAAAACGACUGGGUCGACCGGUUUUUCCGAAAGCAAUCGGUGAGCUUCACGGUCACUCGGGAAUCGCACGUUUGAUGCUGUUUUACGCACGUGGGCUUUGUGGUCUCAUCAACAAUCAAAACGGCGUCGGAGUAGCAAAUGCCGGUUUGGUUUACUUCAAUAACCGGCUUUUAGCUAUGUCAGAAGACGAUUUACCGUACCAAUUAAAAAUAACUAAAACCGGCGAUCUCCAAACCGUUGGACGUUACGAUUUCGACGGUCAGUUAAAAUCCGCGAUGAUUGCCCACCCGAAACUCGACCCGGUAACGGAGGAGCUUCACGCGUUAAGCUACGACGUCGUUAAGAAGCCUUACCUAAAAUACUUCAGAUUUUCACCUGACGGCGUUAAAUCGCCGGAAUUGGAGAUCCCGCUCGAAACUCCGACGAUGAUUCACGAUUUCGCUAUAACGGAGAAUUUCGUGGUGAUUCCGGAUCAACAAGUCGUGUUUAAGCUCGGCGAGAUGAUUUCCGGUAAAUCUCCGGUGGUUUUCGACGGAGAAAAGGUUUCGCGAUUGGGUAUAAUGCCCAAAAAUGCGACGGAAGCUUCUCAGAUAAUCUGGGUGAAUUCGCCGGAGACAUUCUGUUUUCAUCUCUGGAACGCGUGGGAGUCGCCGGAGACGGAAGAGAUUGUGGUGAUCGGAUCUUGUAUGACGCCGGCGGAUUCAAUCUUCAACGAGAGAGACGAGAGCUUGAGAAGCGUCUUGUCAGAGAUCAGGAUAAACCUCAGAACGCGUGAAACCACGCGCCGUCCGUUGUUAGUUAACGAGGAUGUGAAUUUAGAGAUUGGUAUGGUUAACAGAAACCGGUUAGGGAGAAAAACCCGGUUCGCGUUUUUGGCUAUUGCUGAACCGUGGCCAAAAGUUUCGGGUUUCGCUAAAGUCGAUCUUUGCACCGGUGAGAUGAAAAAGUAUAUCUACGGCGGCGAGAAAUACGGCGGCGAACCGUUUUUCUUGCCUGGAAGCUCCGGUAACGGCGACGAAAAUGAAGAUGACGGUUAUAUAUUCUGUCAUGUUCAUGACGAAGAAAAAAAUACGUCGGAGCUUCAGAUUAUAAAUGCCGUUAAUUUAAAUCUUGAAGCUACCAUCAAACUACCGUCAAGAGUACCGUAUGGGUUUCAUGGCACAUUUGUGGAUUCAAGUGAACUCGUUGAUCAAUUAUAAUAAUUAUUGUACUUUUGUAUGAUUUGAUAAAUUAGAAAAAUAGAUAGGUUUAAAAGUU